AUGCAGGUGCUGCUGCGUACGACUCCGCUCAAUGGUCACGCAGCGGGGUGCCAGGGAAGGCCAGGUCUUCGAGGUGCAACGGUGACCAAGGUAGAGCGGGUCGAGAACACGCUGCUCUGGAAGUCGUACUGCACCAAACGCGCCGAGAUGAGCCAGCUCGCCGGACUUCCCGGCGGCGCGGUCCCUGCGAUUGCCAUUCCGAGGCAUGAGAUGCUUGACGCCAGCCUGAACGAGAUCUAUCUAUUCCACGGCACCGAUCCAACGACAGCCAGGUUGAUCUCGCGAUGGGGAUUCGACGAGCGCGUGGCAGACAUGGGCGGACUGUACGGCGCUGGCACUUACUUUGCGGAGAACAGCUGCAAGUCGAUGCAGUACACGAAACAACCGAACAGCAGUGGAGAGUUCACGAUCAUAUACAGCCGAGUUCUGCUUGGGCACGCCUUUCACACCAGCGCGCGAAGCCAGACACAAUGGCGCCGAGCACCGGAUCGGCAGCCAGGUCUGCCCCACGACUCGGUUGUAGCGUCGGGCGGGAGCCAGGUCCACCGCGAGUUCAUCGUCUACGAUCGCGCCCAGACGUACCCCGAGUUUAUCAUUUACUUCAAGCCUUGA